GGCGUGCACGUUGCCGGCCUGGACAGGCCCGCACAUGGGUUCCGUUCCAGAGCGCAUCUCCUUUCCCCUGCCUCCCCCACUACCGAUGUGAGUCAGUGAGUGUGAGUGUGAGUCACUGGCACCCGCUCCUCCGCCGCCGCCGAUCCGGUACCGGUCCGCCGAGAAACCCCCGCCGGAGCACGCGCCAAUGCCCCGUCACGACUACCACCACCCGCCCCCGCCCGCAUGCUGCUCCUGCUGCUGCGCGGGCGCGGGCGCGGCGCCGUGCUACUACCCGGCGCCAGCGCCGGCCCCGCCCAGCUCCACCGCGUCCGACCAACUCCUCCACGCUAUCGCCGCCCACCUCCUCCUCAGCUCCCCGGUCCCCGCUCAGCCGCAGUCGCAACCCCAGCCCCAGCCCCAGCCCCAGCCGCCGCCGCCCCCCGCCGCACAACACGCCACGAAUCCCCAUCCCUAUCCGUAUCCUUACCCUCAGCAGUACCAGUACCAAUACCAGCAGCAGGAGCCCAAGCACCAUACCUACAUCCAUCCACCGCUGCCACAGCUGAGGCCCAAUCCAUCCGGCGACAACGGCCACCUCCUGCUCCACUCGCUCCUGCGUCGGGUGGCAGCGAUCGAGUCCGCGCUUCCCCACUGCUUCCCGGCCCCUCCUCCGGCUCGCCGACCGCCCCACCCAAACCAUCGCCCGCGCCGCGCGGCCCGCUACCAUGAGGAGGAGCAAGAGGUGGAGGAAGACGGAUCGGAACCGGAGUCGCCGCCCUCGCCUCCACCUCCGCGGCCGCGGCCGCGGCCACGACGAUCGGCGCGCGCGGGGCCGCCCUCCGCGGCGAGUGACCGCGCGGCGCGGACGAUCCAGGCCCAUUUCCGCCGCUUCCUGGCGCGGCGCUCCAGGACGCUGCGCCAGCUCAAGGAGCUCGCCGUGCUCCGGUCCAAGGCCGCGGCGAUCCGGGGGUCGCUCUCCGGCCGCCGCGGUGGCGCCGACCCCGCCGCCGUCUCCGAGGUGGCCAUGGGCCUCCUCCUCCGGCUCGACGCUAUCCAGGGAGGAGACCCGAUGAUCCGGGAGGGCAAGCGAGCGGUGAGCCGGGAGCUAACCCGGAUCUUGGAGUUCGUGGACAAGGUGCUGAUCAAAGAGCAUCAGCAGAUGGUUAUGGGUGAUGCAUUGGAAACCCACGAGUACCAUGACGGCUGCAAUGCUACAUUCGUGGCAGCUCGCCCGUCUGUGAGCAAAAAGGUGAGUUUCUCUGGUAAUGAUCAGGUUCGCACGCUCAAUGGAAAGAUAGAGAAUAGAAAUGAGGUUGAUGAGGGCUCUGAAGGCUCCAGCUCUGCUGAGUCUGAUGAACUGAAGCCUAACAAGAGAGGUGCCUAUGGUAAGCCUGGGCUUGCAGCACCAAUGCCUGUGCACAUGGAAUCGAGGCCGGUUGCUGGUGAAAGGAGAUGACUUGUCAUCGGCAUCAUGCCAUGCCAUUUCAGAAGAUGUACAACUGUGGACUCUAGAACUAGGGCAGUUGUAUAUUCAGACGACCUCUCGGGUAAUUGCACUUUGUUGCAGAAUUGUACUACUGUACUAGUACCAUCUUUUAGAACUGAGAAUUUUAGCUUGGAUCAUUUCUUUCAACUGAAAUGUUUAGGAUCUUUGAUAAUCCCAUAUUUCUUGUCAGCCAUGCUCA